GGGGCAGUGAUGCAAUUGCAACGCACCCAUGAGAAAGGAAGACUAGACUAGAAUAGAAUCGAAUCUCCUCUUCCUCUGUCCCUCUCAUUCCAAAUCUCUUUUUUCUUAACUUCUCUUUCGACUCUUCCUUUUGCAUCUCCCCACCCUCACGAAAAGCACAAUUCUUUUUCUCCAUUGCCAUCUUUCUUCCUAGGGUUUCACUUUUUAUUCCUUUGCUUUUCUCUUCCACAAUUCCACAAAACCCCUUUUCCCCACGCCAAUUCCCUCUUCAAAAUCCUAGGGUUUCUGAACCAUUCUCUAAAUCUCUUUCCCGCAAUGUGGAUAACUUCCAGAUGCAUUUGACACUCUAGUUCCUUGCCUCAAUCGUACUCUUUGAGCUGCUUCAGGGACUGCUUUCACUUUCACGUGUUGUUUCCAAGGGCACAGCCUCUCUUUCAAGCAUGGGUUGUGUCCAUGGCAAGUGUUGCUGUGGCCACCGUUCUUCAUCAGAUGAUGAUUCCAGGGAUUACCGAGAACAUGGUUUCAUUCAUGGCCACAGGAAGAACGUAAUUGCCCAGAGGUCAUUGAAGCGUGUUCCUGUUCCUUCCCACAACUUCAUUCUCGAAUAUACCUAUCUCACUCAGCGGGGGUACUACCCUGACUCGCCUGAUAAAGAAAACCAAGAUAGUUUCUGCAUUAGUACACAGCUCCAAGGUAACCCCAGUGUCCAUUUCUUUGGUGUCUAUGAUGGGCAUGGCCAAUUCGGUAGCCAGUGUUCAAACUUUGUUAAGGAUAGGUUGGCAGAUAAGUUAUCAAAUGACCCUGCAUUGUUGGACGACCCUGUUCAAGCUUACAAUUCUGCAUUCUUGGCAACGAAUCAAGAAUUGCGCACAAGUGAGAUUGAUGAUUCUAUGAGUGGCACCACCGCGAUUACGGUGCUUGUUGUUGGUGACACCCUUUAUGUCGCUAAUGUUGGUGAUUCGAGAGCUGUGCUGGCUGUUAAGGAUGGGAAUCGCAUUGUUGCUGAGGACUUGUCCUCUGAUCAGACACCGUUUAGGAGGGAUGAAUACGAGAGAGUGAAACUUUGUGGGGCGAGGGUGUUGAGUGUUGAUCAAGUGGAAGGGCUCAAGGAUCCGGAUGUUCAGCAUUGGGGUGAUGAAGAGAGUCGGGGUGGCGAUCCUCCAAGAUUGUGGGUUCCUAAUGGGAUGUAUCCUGGAACUGCAUUUACAAGGAGUAUAGGGGAUAGUUUGGCGGAGACUAUUGGUGUCGUUGCUAUUCCUGAGGUGAAAACUGUUCAGCUUACACCUAAUCAUCUUUUCUUUGUGGUUGCAAGUGAUGGCAUAUUUGAAUUCCUGACAAGCAAAACUGUUGUUGAUAUGGCUGCAAGCUAUACAAAUCCUCAAGAUGCAUGUACAGCUAUUGCAGAAGAAUCGUAUAAACUAUGGUUGGAACUUGAGAACAGAACAGAUGAUAUAACAAUUAUCAUUGUUCAUAUCAAAGGUCUCUCUAAUUCAGGUACAUCUGGAGUUGGAUCAAAUGAGAUCAAUGUUGGUACUGUAAUGAAUUCCAGGACAGGAACUUUGGAAGUAUCUGCUACCCCUGGAUCAGAUGUUUAUCGUUCUGUCAGGACCGGUUACUCUGAUUUGCAGUCCUGUCAGCACGUGGCUUCAAUGACGAACCCAGCCAUAGAGGCGCACUCUACAGCAUGUCCAAGACCAAUUGAAUGAUGAUUGAAGAGAGAGGCUUAACUAAAGCUUCAACAAGUCUCUUUGCUGUUUCUCCAAAGUGGUACAUUUCCAUGUUCCAACUUCCUGAGCAUUUUGCGUUACUGUUGUACAUAUACUGGUCACCACAUUUUAUGCUGCUCGAGGCUGCCAACUUGUCAGUUUGAGGUGCAUUAUCUUGGCAGCAAAAGGAAUUUGGUCAGGAUGUAAAAACCACAGUUCGUACUUGGUAAAAUUCAAAUUUCACGUUGUUUAAUCAUACAGAAACACCUCAGUGGAGAACACCUCUUCUCACCUUCCUGUGACGCCAUUGCACCUCCACCCUGCAGAUUUAUUUGAUCUUUGGAAGGGAAAUCAAUAACAAACUUGAAAUAAAAAGAAGGUAUGCAAGGAGAUUGCUUGUGAGUUGUGACUAUCAUUUUGCAUUGAAUCGUGGUGCAAGAAACUCAUAAGUUGGUCACUGGUAAAUUUGGGAGGCAGAUGCUACUUAGCAUUUAGAUGCUGUCCUCAUGAUCCUGUAGAUGCUGGAUCCAACUUAUGUAUCACGAACAUGUCGCAUUGUUGGUUGAUAGCAUUUCAAGAUUAAUUUCAUAUUUACAAAAACAGAGAAGAUUAAUUAUGUAUCCUUACAUUAAAUUUGUGACUGAAUCAAGGGUGUAGACAAUAGCUGAUAAGACUUGUAGUUUCA